UGAAUUUUUAUUUCAUUUGUAUUCAACUUUUAAUGGAGUAUAUAUUUGAUAGUUUUGCCGAAAAUGUUGGGAAUUUCAUGAUUAAAAAGGACACAAAAUUUCCGUAUUUGUCAAAUCCGACAUACAUUACCACUUCAAAAUUGGAAUGUGCUCUUCAAUGUCAGAAGACAAAAUGUUGUGCUGCAAGUUAUAAUGGAGCGACAAAUGCAUGUUAUUUUAAUGUAACACAUUGUUAUUUUGACGUAGAAGCCUCGCCUGGUUGGGAAGUAUUACAUACGAUAUUAUCCAAAGUAUUCGUCAAUGAGCUAAAAACAUGGCCAGAUGCAGAGGCACACUGUAUUUCCUUUGGAGGACACCUUGCCAAGGUUUUGAAACCUGCUGAUGAUGAGUUAAUUAAAAGCCUCAUACCUGAAGGGGUUAAUUAUGUUUGGAUCGACGGUUCUGAUGAAGGAAAAGAGGGUAACUGGACAUGGAAUAACCCAAUGGAGAAUAUUUUACUUGAUUAUUGGGGUUUUAACAGACCUGAUAACUCCGGUAGUGGUCAGGAUUGUAUGAUUUACCGUUAUUUCAGUGGUGAAUAUCUAUGGGACGACCGUGAAUGUACUGAUAAUGACUAUCCAUUUAUUUGUGACAUAUGAUGAUUUAUGUGUCACAAUUUCUUGGAUAGAAUGUUGAUAUAGACAUCUUUACUUGAUAAGAAUCUAUGCUGGAAUGCCUUAGACUAUACAUCACAUUAUCAUCAUCGUCAUUUGUAAUUGAAACAGAAGACUAAAGACGAAAUACAUUGUCUAAAAAUAAUAAGUGCUUAUAUGAUAUAAAGCUCACUGGCACUUUCCGUUUUGAGUUUUCCUCAGAGUUCGGUAUUUUUUCUAUUUCUAUUAUCACCUGUUAAUUGACAAUUUGCAAAUGUAUUGUAAAUGACUGCUUUUCAACAUUAGUACACUUAUUUUUAUUCAAGGAGUGAAACUGACACAACUAAAUAUUGAUAGGUACGCUUGGAAGAAUAAUGUUUGCUAACGUAAACAUUCAUUGCUCUACGUAUAUAUUUUUUGUAAGGUAAAAUAGAGUUUAACAGUAGAUGACACUUCGCACCCAGUGCUUGAAUUGGGUAAUUCUUGUUAAAAAACUGAAAGGUUGUUGUACACUGCAAUAUCAUCUGCUUUGCUUCUCAGUAGGUUUUCAUAGUAACGGCAAAGCAAAACCAGUGUUCUGCAAACAUGACGAAACGUGUAUGCAAAGGUAAUGCAUAGAAAGAAAUUUAAAUGGUAGUCCAUAUGCAAAGUCAAAAUCAUAACGAAGACAUUUAAAAAUUAAAUUGCAAGAUCUACAUGUAAAAACUUUAAACUUAAUGAAUUACAUGUUCUGUCAAACAAAAAAAAAUAUUAAAAUAAGGCGAUGUUAAUGCCUGCAAUUGAGACGAUUAUAUACCACAGACACAAACGCAUGCAAAUGUUUUCAACUGUAACAUCUAUAAGUCACCGUAUUACAACUACGAAAAUCGAAUUGAUAUAAUGAUUUUACAACAAGAGAUGAAUAAUUAAAAUCUCGUGAUCGGUCGCACGUAUCAAAUAUCCUUAAUGCAAUUACUUUGAUGUGUACUGUUAAUAACUACUAAUUAGUAGCUUUUUAAAAAAUUCUAAUUUUUAAAUUUGAUUGAAAUCUAUGACAUUUGUAUAAUUUUUAUGCUGCAAUUUGAACACUGAUGUCUUUAUCUAUCAAAAAUUGUAACACAGGAAUUUUAUGCUGUAGUUUGAUUUCUUAUAACCUCACUUUUCCUAACAAUAUGUGGUGUGUUUGAGGAAUUUAAGUUUAAUGUUUGUGUUAUGGUUUUCCUUAUGUUUUGAAGGGCUCCGUAAGCCUCGCUCUUCCUUAAUAACUAAGAUUCGUACUAAAAGUUGAUAAUUUUCUGAAAUUAAUCUGAUCGUGUAUAUCUGUCUGAAAAGAUACAUAUGAUCAGAUAUGAAAACAAUAUCAUAAAUGUGACUAGCCAUGAGACUUUGAGUCCAAAUGAGGUCCAUGGUGCAAAGUGUCUUUUUUAUGCAAUAAAUACCUAUAUAUAAGUGAAACAAUACUGCAACGUUUUAGAGUGAUGUGGACUGUAGCUUUUACGAAACGGCCUUUUGUAAUUUCCUAUUAUCUUAUCCAGUAAAUACAAUUCAUUGUGCUUAAAGUAUCAGGAAUGUUACACCAGCAUAUGGAGUAUAUGUGAUUGAUACGUAACUCUAGAGCUAGCUCAAAGUACGUUGAUUUUGUUGAACGAGGAAUACUGCUUUCUCAAAAGUUGCUAAGAUAGGGCUAUGAAUCAAUCAAACUAAGGUCAUCAAGAAAUUUUACCCUUCCGGAGCACCAGGUUUCACUCCCGGUUUUUAGUGAAGUUCGUGUUGUUUCUUAUCUAUUAUUUAUAACUUGUGAUGUAAAUGUAUCUUGGUUUAACGAGUCUUGUAUCUGGUAACUUGAGAAAUCUUUAGAUAAACUAUGGUUAGAAUGAUAGCAAAUUACAGAGUUAGCUCCUCUUAAUUGUUAAUUUCUAGUGCAUUGUAACCAAAUUGUAUCUUCAAUUACCAGAACAGGACCAGGAAACGAAUGGUAAAUUUUUGCAUCAUCAUAUAUUUUGAACAUAAAUUAAUGUCAACUUGAGUGGGUUUUUGUUUGUCAUGUUUUCACCACUGCCUGAUUACUAGAUAGACUAUCACUUAAGCAUCUACAUCAUAGGGUGUUUUUUCUUAUAUAGUUUUUCAAUAUCAUAGUCGAUUAAAAUAUGUUAGCCU